CUAGGAGAAGGCGAGUAUACAAAACAAAUAAGCCCUUCUUCCUCUCCUCGGCACUUCAUGUAUGCCGUGCCCUACAGUUAAAAUCUCCCAAGGCAAAAAAAAUCAUGGUUCUCUUACAACUCGAUCCGUUUCUCAAUGAACUAACAACCUUGUAUCAAAACAGCACCGACAAAGGCUCAAUUUGGGUUACUCUUAAACGUUCUUCGAUGAAAUCUAAGGUGCAAAGGAAUAAGAUGACAACUAAUGGUGAACCCAUUGAGUAUAGAUGUCUUAUACGUGCAACCGAUGGCAAAAAGACUAUUUCUACUUCGGUUGGGGCAAGGGAUCACCAGCGCUUCCAAGCUUCUUAUGCAACUAUUCUCAAGGCUCAUAUGACAGCUCUAAAGAAGAGGGAAAGGAAGGAUAAGAAAAAGGCAGCAGAAAGUGAUAAGAAAGAAGGGGACGUAAAGAAGAAACCAAAGAGAGUCUGAAAGCCUUUGGCUACUAUACUUCCCAUGAAAGGAUAUUUUUCAUUCCCUCCUAACUUCCUAUUCACCACAAGCGUGCUCAGGUUGUUUUCUGGAAAGUAUUCUUUGAGCGAUUAUAGAUUGAUUGAUGGGUUUUUGUUGACUGCCCUUCUUGUCGCAGUUUCAGAAAAAAUUUAGUGUUCUGCUUGUCAUUGAUAUGAAAGAUUUUGUGGAUAUCUUGUAGCAUGUAUCUUUAUAUUGAAAAUUGAGUGCCUUUUUUAAGACCUUA